CCUGGGCGUUCUCGUCCCUCAGUGAUGUCUCGUAGGAGUUCUCACCUGAUGUCCUUCGGCUACGACAACUCAGACGACGAAUCAGAUUCCAGCACCGUGACGACCAGCACCGUGACGACGUACCCCGAGAACUCUGUGAGGGUAAUCAAGAGGAAGGUGGGGGUCCGCAAGAAGCCCGCCUCCCUCCCCCUCAUCAGGACCAUCAGAUCCUUGGACCCCGCGGGUCUCAGUCCGUCUCCGCUGAGCCUGCAGGCCGAGGCCCCCAUGGGGCCCCUCGCCCCCACCACGUCCACCCCUCGGACCCCCCUGUUCCUGCGGCCCGGACGCAAGGAGCUGAAUCAGAGCGCCCUGGACAGCUCGGGGGACUCAUCCUCCGAUGGGCCUCGAAGGAAGACCCCCACCACCAGGACCACCAAGACCACCGGGACCAGUGGGGCUCCCAGUGCUGCAUACUGGGACAGAAUCAGAUGUGCCUUCUAUAGUCUAAUGCAGUGGUGCCAGGGUUACGGCCCGCGGGCCGGACUCGGCCCGACUGUACGUCACAUCCGGCCCGCGGGUGAUAAGUCGGGUUGGGUACCGGAAACCGGUGCCACAUUACAACCGGUAAUACCCGGACCGAAACGCAACGCACAUUUCGGUGCUUCUUUCCGGUGCCUGAGCCGAUUGAAAUUGAAAAAAACUAUUGUUGUGAACUUCUGUGGUGACUCCGCCCUGUCAGCAGGUUACGAGCCUCUCAUAUGGAGCACACCAGCGUCAGGCUGGACGCGACGGGGAGACCGUCACCGGUCCCCCUGAACACGGGGAGACCGAUUAUGACGAGCAGCCUGAACUCAGAUUAGUACCGUAACGUUGAUUGCAAGUCUUGCAUUCAUAAAAGUAGGCCAAGAAAUAAUAAAUUAGCCAUAACCAUGCUUAAGCUACGAGCGUGACAGUCUGCUAGCAGAUGUGUUGGUGUCCAGCGGUCCCGGCUGUUUACCCGGUGUUACCGGGAAUAUAAUGACGGAGGAAUAAAGACCGGAGACAUCACUUUGUUUCAGUGUAACUCUCGCUGUCAGAAGCAAAACUUUGUGUCACAUGUCAUCUUCAGUACCUCUGAUUGGUUGUUCUCUUUGCCCAUCAAAACAGUGACAGGAUUAACCCUAUAACGUCUGCACAUGACGAUAUGUAUAUAUAUAUAUAUAUAUAUAUACACACACACAUCAUAUAAUGGAGAACAUAUAUUGUGUAGGUUAACAGUCUGAUAUCCGUUGUGUGUCGGUGCUCCAUGAUAACGGCUUCAACAGGGAAUAUGGCCAAAGAGGUUUUUAAUGUCCUCAUUGUGCGUUUAAAAAAAAGAGUAUCAGUUCAGGCACCGUUUAGGCACCGGUAUCGUUUUAAAAGUACCGGUUUAGCACCGGUAUCGGAAAAAAACCAAACGAUACCCAUCCCUAAAGGGGAGAAUAUUUUUUUUUAUUUUAAUAUAAUUUUUUACAUUUUCGGUGGAAUCUGUCAGUUGGUCUGUUGCUUCUUCCCGCCUCAGCUGAAGCAGCCCCGGUAGUGCUGAUCGAGAUGUCGUUUUCAAAAAAGAGGAAGGUUGACACUGAAGGUCGCAUCUUUCAGGAAAGAUGGAAGGAACAGUAUUUAUUUUGGGAAGUAGGAGGCAAACCCGUGUGUCUUAUUUGUUCUCAACAAGUGGCUGUAGCUAAGGAGUAUAACAUAGCUGAUGAUAUGAAUUGUUAUAUGAAUUUGAUGACAUCAGUGUGCUUUGUUGAUAUGAAUUGUUAUAUGAAUUUAUCUCAUGUGAGUGUGGGGGGUUAUGAUAUGUUUGGGAUAUGUAAUCCCAAUUUAAACCAAUACAAAAUAAAAUGUA